GACAGAAAGAGAGAGAGAACUCUAGCAGUCUCUCAGAUCUUGGCUGUGGUGAGGACACCCAGUUGGAAGUGCAUUCCUGAGGCAGCCGGCGACGAAAAAGCAGCAGAAUAGCAGUGGAGGAGAAGCCGCGACAUCCUUUAAAUCUCCUGCUGACCACGUCUGCCUGCCUCUGACCUCCGCUGGACUCGCGCACUCCUCAAAAACACACACACACACACAUUCACUCUCGCUCGCUGCCUCUGCACACCAACCACACAACCAACCGGCUCCGCUGCACCGCCAGAAGUCCAGGAUUUCCCCCAAGUGAGGCAGAAGGGAAAGAGAGAGGAAAUUUAAAUCAUUAAACAGAAGCAAAGGAUCGCCUCUAUCGAGCCAGUGCCAUGCAGCGGUGAGCUGAGUCAGGCCAAGCUGAAGUGAUCUGUUGUGAAGCCCAUCUUACCCCUCACCCUGCCCUCCUCGAUCCCAGAUGGAGCUCAAAGUGUGGGUGGAUGGAGUGGUGCGGGUGGUAUGCGGCCUGUCUGAGGAGACUUCCUGCCAGGAUGUGGUCAUUGCUCUGGCACAGGCCAUCGGUCAGACAGGCCGGUAUGUUCUCAUCCAGCGUCUGAGGGACACAGAAAGGCAGCUUCUGGCCACGGAGAGGCCUCUGGAGUCUCUAGCAAAGUUAGGCCAACAUGGCAGUGAAGUGCAGUUCUUCCUGCGCCGCACCGGCCCCAGCAGCAGUGAUGGACUUUGCUCAAAACAAGAAAGAUCUACUCCCCUUCCUCUGCCCAAGCAUCCUGAGCCUGAGCCUUCGAAACGUAGCCAGCCUAAGAAAGCCCUGACUUUUAACUUGGGACCUUCCACCUCCCCUAAAACCAAGGCCAAACAGUUUAAGAGGUCUCCUCGGGACUCUCCAGAGCAAAGAGCCUCCCCUUCAUCUUCUCCCAGCCCUGUAUCCCCUCACAUGCUAUCCCCUUCUCCCUCACCACCUAUAGGCCCUUCCAAAGAGGAGGUCUUUAGGAAGGUUCUUCAGCAACAGGAGAGACUGAGGGCCAUUGAGGCCCAGCUAGAAUCCCUAGAGAGGGAGUCACAUACAUGGGAGCGCCCCUACCCAUCUCCACAUCCCUCACCGGUCCCAGAUGGUCACUUGCAAGACGAGCUGGAUGCUUUGGAGCAAGCGAUGCGGAGGAACCAGGCCGAGCUCGCCCAUGAGCAGUACUGGGAGGAGCAAUUUCAAGCAGAGGUGGAAAGGGAGCAAGGAAUGAGAAGGAAGCUGGGGGAGCUCCAUGCCAAGUUAGACGACUGUGGACGGCGGCUCCACGAGUUCUCAGUUCGCUCUGCUCAGCUCGAGCAAGAGAUCCAGCGAGAAAGCCAGGCGGAGGGGAAAGCCAACGGGCCCGAGGAGUCGCUAGAUGCUGUGAAAAUGGAGCUGCGGGGCCAAGAGAGGCAUGGGACCGAAAUGGAGGAGCAGCUAACUGAGACUGACAAGGCUCUGGGGAAGGCAGAGUCUCUGCUGCAGGCCAAACAGGAGGAGCUGGAGGAGUUGAAUAAGGAGCUGAGGCAGUGUAACCUGCAGCAAUUUAUUCAACAGACAGGUGUCCUGCCGGCGCACACACACUCACGCACUGAGCUUCAGGAGCAGCUGGAGCAGCUGGAGCUGGCACAAUUUCUGCAGGAGGGAUAUAGGAACGGAAGUCGCAGUGUAACUCCAGUGGAAUCCCCGCCUCGCCCCACUGCCAAACAGUUCCUGGGACAUCCACGCAACCUGCAAAACCCUCUAGUGUCCAGUCUCAACCCUGAGGUCCUGACAUCCCGAGAGUCGUCAUGGAGAUAAAACAUGGACCACAGGGCCAAGAGAAAGUUGUUCACUGUUCUGUCACUCGUCACGUCUUAUUUAACCCUUUGCUUUGUAACACUUUCAUUCAUUAUUCAAUCUACUACGAUAUACAUACUGUAUAUACAUAAGACAGAUAUAUUUACAGAGUUUUGCUACUGUAAACACUGCUAAGUAUCUAUAUGAAAUGUAAAAUAAUUUAGAAACCUUUCACCUAGAGCAAUUAUUACUAUUACUAUGUAUUUAAAUAUAAUAAAAUGUGCAUUGUGUUUUAGAUAA